AUGGAUCUUUUCACAGCCAAAACUGCGAUUAACUUCGCCCUUCCACCACUGGACCUUUUCAAGUUCCCCCCAAGCCAGCCUCACAAGCCGGCCACACGUCUCCCUCUUCCGCCCACGGAUACUUCCGCGGCAAUGUUUUUCCAGCCGUUUAUGAUCAAUCCGAAACUUUUCCGCCUCUCUCUCGAUCUUAAGCUCGUUCUCACUUUCGCGACGGUAUAUACUACCACAGUUCUACUUUUGAAUCAAUUCAAUACUACCCGACAGUAUCGGCCAUGGGCUUUCAGCAAAACCUUCAUAUUCAAGACUCUAGUGGUAACGCAUAACGCCUUCCUAGCGUUGUACUCUGCAUGGACUUUGUGUGGAAUGUUCUACGUUCUAUAUAGCUAUUGGCCUUCGGCAGUAGCAGAGGAAGGACCUAAUUACUACGCCUGUUUAGCGGAAUACUUUUGUGAAGUCGAGUCAAGUUCGUUUCUCGUUUUAAAGAGCUCAAAAAGUUUUUGGGAAGGAGGCUGCGGUUACUUAGGCUGGCUUUUCUAUAUGAGCAAGUUCUACGAGAUUAUAGACACUCUGAUAAUUCUCGCACGCGGGAAAAAAAGCUCAACUUUACAAACAUAUCAUCACGCCGGUGUGAUUAUUUGUGGAUGGGCAACGAUGAGAUAUGAAUCCCCGCUGGGCUUUGUUGCGGUGCUAUUGAAUGCGGGAAUCCAUACUUUGAUGUACUCAUACUUCACCAUCCAAAGCCUCGGGGUUUCUGUCUCUAUAGGUGUUAAGCGCGCUCUAACCAGCAUUCAAAUCGCCCAGUUCUUAGUGGGACUGGCCUGGGGCCACUGUGUGCUCUUCGUGCGUUAUAAGGUCCCUAUAGAGGUGGCAGAAAACAGUCUCAACAACGACCCGGCGCCAACAUUGCACUUUCCCAUAAGCCACAAUACCUCUUCAACCGGGGAAUUUUAUGGCAAGGCCGGAAAAUUGGCUAGCGAUAGUAGAAUUACAUGCUUGAGUGACAGUGGAGAGGCUUUCUGCCUUACUGUGGGAAGCAUUUAUCUCGUCCCUUUGAUCAUCCUUUUUGUGCAAUUUUUCAUAAAAUCCUACAAGACGAACACGAAGCCGAUUUCUCUGAAUCAACAAAGUCCUGCCGCUAAGAAAACUCAUUUUUUAGCUCCCACUAGCAAAAAGCCAGACGGCGGCAGUCAAGAGUCGUUGAACUUAAAAAAUUCAACCUAUCUUGUCGGAGUUCCUUUGGUAGCUCUGAUUAGUCUUUUGUGGGUUCCUCUUCGUAAAGAGACCUUUUGUUUUGCCUUUAUCUAUGGAUACACACGAGCUCUUGCCGUGACGACUGGUUAUCAUCGCCUCUGGGCACACAGAGCUUAUACUGCUAGUCCACUCUUGAAAGUGAUUCUUGCGGUCAUCGGCGCUGGCGCGGGACAGGACCCUAUCAAAAAAUGGUGUCGCGACCACCGGGCCCAUCAUCGCUAUGUUGAUACUGAUCAAGAUCCGUACAAUAUAAAACGGGGAUUCUUCCAUGCGCAUAUGGGAUGGCUCUUGUUUGAAAAACCAUAUUCCCCAUAUGACGUCUCGACUACACGCCACGUGGAUAUGAGUGACCUCAAAUCUGAUCCUAUCGUGGAAUGGCAGCGCAAAUACUAUUUCCCCCUGGCAUUCCUUAUUGGUUACGUCCUCCCCACGGUUGUCUGUGGCCUAUACUUUGGUGACUAUAUUGGUGGUUUCGUCGUGGCAGGCUGUAUAGGCACAGCCGGUCAACUACAGGGCGUAUUUUGUGUGAAUUCUGUCGCGCACUGGUUCGGGGAUCAGCCUUAUGGAAUCGGGAAAUCUCCCCGAGAUCACCCUUUGACCGGUCUCCUCACCCUUGGAGAAGGAUAUCAUAAUUUUCAUCAUGAAUUCCCAAUCGAUUAUCGGAAUGGGGUUCGAUGGUAUGACUUUGACCCGACCAAGUGGUUGAUCUGGACGUGUUAUCAGAUUGGGCUUGCCUCUAAUCUAAGACGUUUCCCGCAAAAUGAGAUUCAGAAAGGGAGGCUACAGCGAAGACAGGAGAAAUUGGAGAAGGAGUGUGAGAUGGUUGACUGGGGUGUGCCGCUGGAGGAACUUCCAGUUAUGGAGUGGGAAGAGUUCCAACAACAGGCGAGGACAGGAUGUAAUCUCAUAGUUAUCAGGGGGGUUGUUCAUGAUGUUUCAGCUUUUGUGACAGAGCACCCGGGAGGUACAGCCAUGAUCAUAGGGGCGAUAGGGAAAGACGCAACCGAGACGUUUGAGGGAGGGGUAUAUGGUCAUUCGGGGGCGGCCUUUAACCUUUUGGAUACGAUGCGGAUAGCUGUGAUUAGAGAAACCCAUUUAGGAUAG